CCCGUGAUAAAUUUUGGAGGCGCGCGUAGAGUAGAGAAGUUGCUGAGGAGAAAAUGGAGAGGAGAGAAAAAGUUGGGGAAGAGAUUGAGGUGGUUGGAGCUCGAUAUUAUUCAAAAGACUUUGAAUGGGAAAAUCUUCGACAUGAAGUUGAGAACAGUCCUUCACUUCGUCACCAUUGUCAACCCCACAUUGUCAUUUCUUCUUCUUCUUCAUCAAGCGGUGAAGAUGCAGAGGCCUGGAAAAGCUUCCACAAUCGUCACAGUAGGGGAAGGUUUUUCAAGGAAAGGAGAUAUUUGUUGAAAGAAUUUCCGGAAUUACUUGAUGCCCAUGGCUGGUAUACCAUUUUGGAAGUGGGAUGUGGAAAUGGAAGCUCUGUGCUUCCUAUAUUGCGUGCAAAAGAUACGAUUGUUGUCUAUGCUUGUGACUGUAGCAUGGUAGCACUAGAAAGGGCAAAGGAGGCUGUUGAUGCUGCAGAAAUUUCACAGAAACUUCGAUUUCAUCCAUUUUAUUGUGACUUCUCUAUUGAUGGGUUUCCAAGUUGGAUAUUCUGCAAUGCAUGUCGAGAAAAGUUUCAUGUGGAAGCGCAAAAUAAUCUUUCAGAUGUGGUAGCUAACGAGGAAGCAAAUGCAAUGCGGAUAGCUGGCACGAGAGAUGUGCAAUGUUGCAUUGGUGGGGUGGACUUUGUUACACUGAUAUUCACUUUAUCAUCCGUGCCAUUUCGAAGCAUGCCGUUCGUAAUUGCUAACUGUUAUUCUGUUUUAAAACCUGGAAGCCUGCUCCUUUUCAGGGAUUAUGGCCUCUAUGACAUGACUAUGCUUCGUUUUCUACCAACGCAAAGAGUUGGUAACCGAGAAUAUAAGCGAGCUGAUGGCACCCGUUCUUAUUUCUUUUCGCUCGAUACAGUGAGGGACCUCUUUCUAAAUGCUGGUUUUAUUGAGCUAGAGCUUGAAUAUUGCUGCAUCAACUUGUUGAACCAUCAUAAUGGUAAGAACAUGCGAAGAGUUUGGGUUCAUGGGAAGUUUCAAAGGCCUAUUUGAAGACCUGACACAUCACUCCGUUUUUUACUUUUUCUCUUUUUCAUGCCAUUGCGGCUUAUUUUGAAAGGUUUUCAUUGAUAAAACCCUUUUGAGUCCUUGCUCAUGUCAGUGAUGCUCAUGAUUAUCAGAAUCCAUGUUGGGCUUUCAUCAUCUAUCUGGCCUUGAGUUGGAUUUUACAUGCGUUGAUGAAACAUCAAUAUAAUUAACCAGCAGGGCCAUGGCUUCUCCGGCUGGGUGUCUUUUUUCAUGGUUCCAUAAUAUUUAUUUACUUAUUAAUUUGUCUCAUCAGUUCAGGUUAUUUCACAUUCUGUAAAUGCGAAAACCAACUUCUAAGACUUUUAAUUUAGCAGCCUUUUCAAUAUGGGAGCCCCCUUCGGCAUGCAAGGACUGUUGUUCUAAAAUAUGGAAGUGGCUCCAUAUGGAUAUUUGAGAAGCAUUGAAUUACAAGGGAAAAUAUCCCAUGUUGUCAUUUUUGGUUCCUACAAUUUUCUAGCAUUCCAUGCUAGUCAGAUGUCUGCAAGGAUUGGUCGUCGGGUGCCUUUUUUUUUUUGUAACUGUUAACUUUGUUGGGUGCUCCUUUUUUCAAAGCCAUCUGAAAAAUUUGAAGAAUUGAGUGACAUCCCCCAUGGGAGUGGCUAGCUUGCUUCAACCAAAGUAGAAACGAGGUGACGGCCUUCAGCUAUUGGUGCCCCAAAUCACGAUGGAGAAGCUUUUCCACUGUUGACCUUGGACAGUUGAGGCAGCUGCCAUGAAAUUAGGAAUUCCAAAAUGAUAAGUUUACCAACCCUGUAAAAUGCUUGAAUCUUGGUCACUUCACUUUAAGUUUGAGGAUUCCUUUGGUUUCCAUCAAAGCACCAGACCUACUUUUGGGGGGUGGGAGAACUGCAUUGCAGGCACUUCUCCAUUAGGGCCUCUAUCUGACAUUGUAAGUCUUUCAAAUAAAAAACAUUUCAUGGAAAGGAGGUGCGUAUGCUGUUUGGUGCUCAAACUGGUGGAGAAACCGUGAAAAAAAAAUAUUGCUGUCGA